GCGGCAGACUGUUGGCCCGGUGGAGACUCCCGCUUCUGAAGCGUAGGAGGCUGAAGAGGCGGCAGGUUGUAGAUUUCGGUCUUGGCCCCAGAGGGUUCCCAGGGGCCAUUAGAACCUAAGAGAGGAAGAGGAGGCACGGCGGCGGCGGCUGAGGGAUCGACCCCCCCCCCCACUUGUCCUCGAGGCGGGGAGGGGGGAGGGAGGAGAGAAGCGCUGAUCACAGGGCUGAGGAGACUCCCGGACCGGGUCCCGGGGCAUGGAGGGCUGGACCGGGUCCGGAAGCAUGGGGAGCUGGAGCCGCCGAGGCCGCCCGGCCGGGCCCUGCCCGACUGUCAGCUCCUCGGUGUUGGCGCUGCCCGGGCAGCCGCGGCUCCUGUAGCCGGGCCCCACUUGAGGCCGUCGGUCGGAAAGUAGCAGCAUGAGUUCCGCCGCUGCCUAGUUUCCUCCCCCUCCUUCUCUUCUCCCUCUGUCCUCCUUUUUCUCCUUCCUCUAUCCUCUUCCCCACACUUCACCAUUCUCUUGCCCACCCCCUGUGCUUCUCUUUUCCUUCACCACAGUCCUCCUCCUCUCCCUGCCCUCGCCUUUUCAAUCCUCCUCUUUCCCCCUUUGUCCUGCUUUCUUCCCUUGUCCUACUUUCGCCCCUAUUCUCUUCCUUUCUUCUCUGUCUUCCUCCUCCCUUCCCCUUCUUAUUCUCCUUUUACCCUCUCUGUCCUGCUCUUCCAUCUAGACUUUUCCCCUGGCUCUUCUAUUCCCUCCUUCCUUCAUCUUUCUUGUUCUCCUUCCAUACCUCUCUUCUUUCUAUCCUCCUCCUCCUCCUCUUCUUCUUUUCCCCUCCGUCCUCUUCCUUCAAUUCGGUCGCCUUCCACCACAACCUCUAUCCUUCUUCCCUCCCUCACUACCAUCCUCCCUUCCUUAUCAUCCUCCUCCUUCCCUCCUCCUCCUCUCCUACUUUUCUCCGCCCCAGCCCCCGCCCCCAAGCCUCCACCCCUUAGCCCCCGCCCCCAGCUGCCAGUCCCCAGCAGCCCAGUCCUGCAGUGAGAGUCUUGGGAGUCCAUAGCUAAGCACCAGGAGCUGAGCACUGCCUGCUGUGCCUGCCUGCAAGUCCCCAGCAUGGCUCAGGAGAAAAUGGAGCUGGACUUUGAGCAUGACACCUCUGAUGGGGGCAACCUGAGGAGAUCCAGCAGUGCUCCCCUCAUCUAUGGGCUCAGUGACCUUUCACAGGUUUUUCAACCUUACACCUUUAAAACUCGGAGGAAUAGUACAACAAUUAUGAGCCGUCACAGCUUGGUAAGUAUAGAAUUGCUGUCAUCCUCACCUAAUCAUAUUCCUAGUAGCAGACUGCAUCAGAUCAAAAGGGAAGAAGGCAUGGAUAUGAUGAACAGAGAAACUGCACAUGAGAGGGAGGUGCAAACAGCAAUGCAGAUAAGCCAAUCAUGGGACGAGAGCUUGAGCCUGAGCGAUAGUGAUUUUGACAAGCUGGAUAAAUUAUAUUCUCCUAAGAGAAUUGACUUCACUCCAGUUUCUCCAGCACCAUCACCCACCAGAGGAUUUGGAAAGCAAUGUUUGUCACCAUCAUUGCAAAUGUUUGUGAGUAGCAGUGGGCUACCUCCAAGUCCUGUUCCCAGUCCAAGGCGAUUUUUGAGGAGGAGUCAGAGUCCAGUCAAGUGCAUUAGACCCAGUGUUCUUGGGCCUCUUAAAAGAAAAGGUGAAAUGGAGACAGAAAGCCAGCCCAAGAGACUUUUCCAAGGCACUACCAACAUGCUAUCUCCUGAUGCUGCACAGUUGUCUGAUCUCAGUUCAUGGUGGUGUUAUCAAGAAGAAAUUCCUGCCUUGACCAGAUGUGUGGAGCAUCUACAAAUGAAUGAAUAAUAUUAUUUACACAGAACCACUGUGUAUAAAAGCAUACAUGGAGCUGUCAGUGUCUCGAGUGGUAUUAUGAGGCCUUAGGUGCCUUGGGGUACAUUGUUUUGCUAUAUGAGAUGUAAUAAGGUAGGGUGAAAAGGGGGGCUUUAUGUGAUUGCCACAUACUGUUUCUGUUGCUGCUUUUUUCUCAUUACUUUUUGUCAUUGGAUUUGUUUUUCUCAUUUUUGUCGUGUGGUGAUUGGUGUUGCUCACUCUGUGUUAGUUAUGUGGCCAUCAGAAUCAGAAUCCAGUUCUUGUUCAUGCUGUCUUAUAGUUAGGGCAGCUUAUUAUCUAUAAGGUAUCUUUUAAGAGCUGAACAAUUCAAUAUGAUUGUGCAUUCUGCUUUUAAGAAGCUGUUUGAGCUCUGAACAGUGUACAUGGUAGUAAAUCUGAGGUACCAUAAAAGUUAUUUAAUUGUUAAGAGAGGAAACUCACGACUGAGCUAUUUUAGAAACCUGAUUGUACUCUAUUGCGAUGUUAUGUUAUUUAUUAUUUAUAAAUGUGUAAAAAGUCUGUUGUGAUGGAUUUUGUUUUUGAUGUUCAGGCAUUGGGGUUGGAUUGUGUUUAACAGGCAAAUUUGCCUGCUAGGUUCAUAAUAUUCCAUUUCUUAAAUGAUCGUAAGAACCAAAAACAACUGCAGUUUUGUGUUUUGAAGGCAAAGAUCUUUGAAUUUUAAAGAAAGAUAAUGUGCUUUGAAGGUACUCACAAACUGGUAACAUUAUAUGGCUUGCAGGAGGACCUGUUUCCUUUUGGUUAGACGAGAACUUCACGUAACUUGUGGCGAUUCUGUUAUAGCAUUAUAUGUGUUCUUUAUUUUAAAUUGUAACAACCACCAUGAUGGCCAUUUAAUGGCUUAAUUUCUCAUACAGCUUUCCCCUGUGCAAAGUGCAUAGUCCUUCAAAGCUAACAUAAAUGUAUAUAUUAUGAAGAAUGUCCCCUAGUAUGCCAUUUUAAAGAAAAAAUACUUUGAUGGUGUUCAGUGUAUUUAUUCUGUUUGUAUAAGAGCCAUGUUAAGAUGUUUCUGCCUAAAUCAUAUUAAUAAUAGAUGGUUUUAUCUUACAGGACAUGUAUCCACCUUUACUGUCUUCUUUGCCUUAAAGGGACACCUUUGGCCAUAAUUUUUUUUUUGGCUCUAAUUUAAGACUGUUAAGUCUUUGAAAUGUGAUGACAUUUAAAUUUAUUUUUGAAAUUGUAGCACUUCAGUGGUGGGGUAGAACUGGGACAGGAAAAUGAAAUUGUCCAGAUGGUAUGAAAACUAGGAAGCAAGAUGACUUGCUUUAUUGUUUAAACCAAGGUUCAUUUUUAUUUUUGAAAUUGACUAGCAAGUUAAGUUUAUGCAGGGAUUGUUUUGAAAUAAAUAAAAAAUAGAUAUGUUGAGCCUCAGAUGAGCUUUGUUGGCAGUGCCCCUUUAUUUUUAUAUAAAGUCUAAUAUUUGAAAGGUGAUAAUUGUUAUAAAGUAAAACUCUUCCUAUUCUAAUAUUAUAUCAUAUAUUUCAGGCUUCUAUUUGUAAACAAGUAUAAGAGAUGAAACAAUAAGAAAUUCCUAUAUAUACUGUUUUUGCUUGACUGACUUAUAUAACCACUGUUUCAUGAUAACUGCUUUUGAAAUAAUAGAACGUUUUGUGAAAUGCUGGCCUUAUGUAUAUCUUAGAAUGCAAAUUUAAUAAAGUGUACA